AUGUUUUUCUCAUCAUUGCACGGCCUCAAAGAAGCGGCGGCAAUGAGAGCAUCCAGUGCUGAUUCUGUGAAGAUAAAACAGCUUGCGGUCCACGACGAUCCAUUUGGACACAAAAAAGGAAGAACAUGCAUGGAAUCGCCAGUCCGAAUUCAGUCGUUCCCUGAGCUGCGCGCAAUACACAAAGCCUCAAGGCAGGCAUUCUAUUCUAUCGUUAAGAACUGGUUGUUCAUUCUCGUCCUGCAAUUCUACAGCACUUACUCUGGACAACGCUGUUGGCUGAAAUUUUCUUUACAAAGCCUACGCAUACCAGUCCACCAUUUUCGAGCGCACUCAGAGAUGGGAGUUCUCUUUAGUCGGCCAGAAGCUCCGAAUCCAUCACUCGAGGAAAUAAAAGCGCGCCAGGAAGCAGAGGCAGCGGCUGCAGAAGCCCGCAAGGAUGCCGAGGAUGCCAGGGCACAUAUCGCCCAGCUUAUCCAGUCGCAUCAGGAAUCACAGCAAAAGGCUAUGGAGGCUCAGCGGGCCGCCAUGCAAACCAUGGCAGCCGAGCAGGAGCAGGCACAGAAGGAAAUGAUAGCGAUGUUCCAGGCCGAACGAGCCGCCAAUGAAGCCCGUUUUCUGGCGGAAGCUGCUGCUCAUGCCGCCGGUGAAGAAGCAAAACAGAGAGCAGCGGAAGCAGAGGAGGAGCGGAAGCGAACCGCAGCUAUCCAAGAACAAGCCAGAAAAGACGCGCAGGCUGCCCGGGAGCAGGUAAAGGUGGCCAACGCUGCCAAGGAGGAUGCUGAACGCAAGUUGAAAAAAGGCAUUCAACCUGUAGUGACUCCCACAGCUGAACAAGUUCGUACCGCCAAGCGGAAGGUUGAUUAUCGCGAGGACCUCUUCCACUUCGCAGUAGCCGGGGUGGCAGGAGGAGGAAAAUCGUCUCUCAUCAAUGCCUUCCGCGGCUUGCGUAAGAAGGAUAGCGGAUAUGCCCCCACUGGCGUCACCGAGACGACGCUGGCUAUGGCCAGAUACCCCGACGCGAAACACCCGUAUGCAUGGUACGACAUCCCGGGCGCAGGCACGCUCAAAAUCCCAGACUGGCAGUACUUCAAUGCACAAGGACUCUACGUCUUUGACUGCAUCAUCAUCUUGUUCGACAAUCGCUUCACCGUGACCGACAUCGCCAUCCUCACCAACUGCAGGCGCUUCAAGAUCCCCACGUAUAUCGUGCGGUCAAAGGCAGACCAGCACAUACUUAAUAUCACGAAGGAGAUGGAGUACGACAGUGAUGAUGACGAGGGGGGAGAUCAGAAGAAGAAGCUUGACAAGACUGCUCGCCAGCAGUUCAUUCAGCAGACCCGCCAAAGCGUGAAAGAUAACCUUGCGGAUGCAAACAUGCCGGACCAAAGGGUUUACAUCGUUUCGAAUGAAACGAUGUGCAAGGUCGUGAAGGAGAAGCGGCCGAAGGACGUCAUUGACGAGCUUGAGCUGUUGAACGACUUGAUCGGGGAAUCCAAGAUCAGGCGAGCGCAACGUGAUACUGAAGCGGAAACUACUGCGACGGGACAAGUAGUCGGCGAUAACACCGUUGGACUGAGGAUUCCAGGGGCUAUCCAUGAGGCGGUGUCUAAGCUUGUGGCCAUCCUGGGGCAUACCAUCACGGAUGCUCAAAUGGUGUAG